AUCGCUGUUUGUUACUGUUCCCGUGCCCACGGGUUUGCUGUGAUAUUGCUUGUGAUUGUUUUUCGAUGGUUCUCUUGCUAUUGCGCUCGGGUGACAUUGAGUCGAACCCGGGUCCUACAACUCGCUCCGAGGUCCUCCUAGAUGUAGAUAGCCUACCAGACGAUCCAUCUGAUCAAAUGAAGGUUAUGUUUCAGCUCCUGAAAGAGGUACACUCUCGUAUGCUGCAAACCUCGAAAGGUCAGGCUGAAAUAACUGCGGACAUAAAAACCAUUAAAAAUAGUCAAAAGAACAUCGAAUCAAAGUUAGCUGGCAUGCACAAGAGGCUGGAUGAACUCGAGGAGAGGGCCACGAAAUUUGACAGCAUUAGUCAAGAACUUUCAUGCUUAAAGAAAUCAAUGGAUCAGCAGCGCAAUCGAAAUGAUUCUCUGCAGUCUCGUCUUGACGAAGCUGAAGAUAGAUCACGCCGUGACAACUUAAUCUUUCGGGGUAUAUCAGAUGCUAAGGAGUCCUGGGCGGAUACCGAAUCUAAGCUAUUGGAAGCAUUGACUGAGGUCGUCGACUCGUGCUCUGGUACUUUAAUCCAGCGUGCACACCGCCUGGGCAUUUUUUCACAUAAGUGUCGUCCUGUCAUAGCCAAAUUCACCGAAUCAAAAAUGAAAGAAAAGAUACUCUCCUUGCGUAAUGAAUUCAAAUCAAAAGGCAUCACUAUCAGUGAAGAUUUCUCGCCUGCAACACGCUUGGCUCGACAAAAACUGUUUGAAUUCGGUAGCACCCACGCUGGCCCUCGCUCUUUUAAACUGCGAUACAACAAGCUUUGCUUCAAUAACAGAUGCUUUAUGUAUAACGCAAUCACUGGUACUGUCGACGAGGUCGUGACACGUGGCGAACAUGGUGUGCAGGGGACAGUGACCGGUGACACUGCCAAUGGGAUUGUCACCCGUGGCGAAGCCAGUGGAUUACAUACCGAGUCUGCAUCGCAAGUUGUAUCAUAGGGAAUCGCGAGGGGCGUUGGGAAGUUAUCUAAUGUGUCUGUCCUUUAUACCAACGUCAGAAGCGUUCUUAAUAAACACACUAACUUAUCUUCCGUCAUUGAUACAUGUAGACCUCACAUUAUUGCACUAACAGA